AUGUGGCACGAUGCUCGCCGAUCUGGCAGACACGUGGCCGUCCUUGCUCCUGGUUCGAGCGAAUCGCUCUAUAGCGAUGCUGCUCAGCUGCCACCCCAAGAGGAAGGGAGGGCGGGAAAGCUGUCAGGAUCAUCUGGGGAAGGGCCUAUCGAGUACGUGAUGGGGCAUGAUGCAGUUGGUGGCACAGAGACAGGGGCAUUUGAAGCCGCAGCAGGAUUUGAAGCAGCAGCGGGUGGAGGAUCAACAGGUGGAGCAUUCGAGACGGCAGCAUGUGAAGUGACUCUGAUUGAGAAGAUGGAAAUAGCGCGGCCCAGCAUAACAGUGGGCACGCACCCUCCCAAGCCUGUCUCCUCCGACCCGUCAGACUCAGCCCCGCCUGUGUUCGAGUGGCGGGUGGAGGGCCAUGGGUUUCUGAUUUCUCGUGGGUUCAACCACACGGAAGUGGAUAUCAGAGUGGGGGGGUCGAGGCUGCAGGCUAAUCUGACCAACCAGCGCCACUGGAACCCGUCUGAUCCCGGGGCAGGCCCAGAGGGGUGGGCGGCAUCAGUGUCACAGCUGAUUCCUGGAGGAAUGGGCGAGCUGCCGUGCCGCUGGUUUGUCAACAGCCUGGGUUCAACCGCCUCGUUCCGCUUCUGGAACGAGAGUGAGGGCGUGGAGGUGGAGGGGAGGGGGUGGGCGCACGAGGAGAAGAACUGGGGGGCGUACUUCCCUGCAGGCCACGUGUGGAUGCAGGGCAUGUCAUCUGAUAACACCGUACAGCUGACUUCCGAUCCAUUGGCCCCCUCACCUCCUUCACCAGUUACCCCACACUCUCCUCGUCCAUCCUCCUUCGUCUAUUCUCGUUAUUCACCUCGCCUUCCCCAUGCUUCCCUCUCCCUCCCCCAUCCCCCCUUUCCCUCCCCCCAUCCCCCUUCCCUCUCCCCCACACCCCCUUCCCAAUGUCGACCAUUUUCUUCUCCACAGCUGGUGGGAGCGGGAGCGUUUUUCCGCUUCGCCUCCCUCCCCUCCCUCCCCUCGCCUCUCGUCCUCUCGCUCGGCCUCCGAACCGCACACCACUCCCUCGACUUCCGAUCCAUCGACCCUCUCACCUCCUUCUCUCCCCCCACCAUCGACCCCUGCUCCGGCCACUUCUCCCUCGCCGCCCGGACGCCGACCGCCGCCCUGCGGGUGCGGGUGCAUGCGCCGCCAUCGUCUUUUAGCGGGGCAGUGUGGAUGCCGAGGGCUGAUGGGGAUUGGGAUGCGACUGGGCGGGAAAGCUUCAGUGCUGUUAUGGAGAUUGAGCUGGAAGUGUGGGGGGAUGGGGAGGGGAAGGGGAAGGGGAAAGGGAAGGGGAAGGGGGAGGGGGAGGGGGAGCGGGAGGGGCUGGGGGAGGGGAAGGGGGAGGGGAAGGGGGAGGAGGGGAAGGGGGAUGAGGAAGGGAGGGGGAGUUCGGGAGGGGUGACAGGGGGAGGAUGGUUGGUGGGUGGAGAUAGUGGGUUGGUAAAGCUGGUCCGUUUCGUCCUCCGUGGCGGUGGCGCGCAACAUUAUAUCGUCGUCGUCGCGUCGCUCGUCCUGCUGCUUCUCGCCGAUGGGCCCGCCGCGACUCUGAUUCUACCCUACGUUUUGCCCUACCCUGGCCUUCUGAAAUGCGCACUCACGGCGAAUCUAGAGGCGGAUCUGGCGCCUGGCGGAGGGGAGCGCGCAGCCGACGCGCGGCUCGACAUCCUCGUCUACAGCUAUCGUGGCAAGACAAACGUGAAGGUGCACAUUCACUAUGAGAGCCCAUCCGGUGUAGCACCCACAGGCCAGUCCAUCCACAAGGGCCAAAUAGGCAGCAGCAGUGAGCCGAUCUGGAACAUUGACGGCGAUUGGACGGUAGAAGAUCCCGGCGAGUGGGACCUAUCAUUGUGGUACAUGGGCGCGCUGGUGGCAAAUCUGAACGCAGGCAAUGUGCGGUCCAUCCUUGGGGAGAUCCCGACCAACGUGAACAUCCGCCUGCGAGCGCACGCGCUCUCCUCCUCCCCCAUCGCCCAAACCGUCAACAAGGCCUACUCAGACAGCAACGGGCUGCCUGCGUACAACGGGCAGACCAACGUGAACAUUCGCCUGCGAGCGCACGCGCUCUCCUCCUCCCCCAUCGCCCAGACCAUCAACAAGGCCUACUCCGGCAACAACGGGCUCCCCGUGUGGGUGGUGUCAGGGCAGUGGUCGCGAGACAACAGCAACGACGUAUACACACUGCAAAAGUGGUGCGCUGGUGGCAACGUAGGCAAUGCGCACGACGGAUUGGGGGGAGAUGUUGGGGGGAGAUGUUGGGGGGAGAUGUUGGGGGGAGAUCCCAGUGCAGCAGACGGAUUUUGCGAGCUGAUGGCAAAUAUGAGCCCCGGCAGUGUGCGGUCCAUUGUGGGGGGAGAUCCCACUGCUGACGGCGUGGCACUGGUGCAAGUCUACAGGUACAACGGGAAGACCAACGUGCACAUUCGCCUGCGAGCGCACGCGCUCUCCUCUUCCCCCAUCGCCCAGACUGUAAACAAGGCACACUCGGGCAUCAACGGCCCGCCUGUGUGGGUUGUCCUAGGGCAAUGGACCCGCAGCAACAGCAACAAUGCAUACAACCAGCAGAAAUGGUACUAUGAGGCAAAUAAGAAGUACCCUCCUGGGUCUGCUAGUUCCGUGUACUCUAUUGUUAGGGAGAUCGCCGGGGGUCCGGGGCGGUACUAUGCGGUGGUGAGCUCUGUGACCCAGCCUGUUGGGGCGAUCAGGGGGCAGUUCAGGCUCGCGCUGCCGUUUUCGCUGUACCCGUGGAAUCCGUGCUAG